AUGGAUAUCAAUACUGAAGAAUUUAUAUCUGCGGUACAACAUCGCACUGCUAUUUGGCAGAGCAAACAUCUGCAACAUUUAAAUAGGAAGGUCAUAAAUAAAUUAUGGGAAGAAAUAAAACAAUUGUUUCCUGGAAGUAACGAUAAACAGCUGCGAAAGAAAUGGAAAAAUUUAAGGGACCAUUUUCGUAAAGAACUAAAGAAGUUUCCACCAGCACGCUCAGGUGAUCCAGGUGAUACUCUGCAGUCCACUUGGCCUUAUUUUCAACAAAUGUUAUUUAUUAAAGAUGAUUUAACUGCUGAACAAUCUUCCGGAAAUUUGGAUGCAGUAACACACAACAUUUCACAAGACCAUGCCGAUACAGAUGACUCUAGUGUAAUAACCGAUGUCACUGAUACAAUAUCUCAAUCGAGUUCAGGAAGCAAAAAGCGCAAGUGUGCUUCUGAUUACAGAGAGCAAUUUAUUGAACUCGAAAAUAAAAAAAUUGUGUUACUUCAAAUUAAACUUUCGCAAGCAACUACAUCUUCAAAUGAUGGUGAAGAGAAAUGUGAAGAUUAUUAUUUCUUCAAAAGUCUCAUUCCACAAAUGAGAGCAUUUCCGCCAUUACAAAAACUGCGAGUAAAAAACAAAAUUAUGCAAUUAUUAAUGGCAGAGACAGAAAAAUUGGAGUACGAAAGACGAUAUGACUCAUAUGGCUUUAAUACCCAAAGCAACAUGGAUUUCAACCCUUAUAAUAAUAUGGAUAGACAGUAA